UAACUUCCGGUUUGAUUCAGACUCCUCCGUAGAAUGUUUUUGGGCUUUAAGCAGUAUCCUUGCGCAGUGUCACAGUUAUCCUACGUCAUCCAUCAUUUUCUUCAACUGCACUUGCAAUUUGCAGUUCUAUAUCUCCGAGGGAUAUAUUUUGUUUGUCGUAUGUCCAUCCAGAAUCUCAACACAUUCGACCCCUUUGCAGAUGCAAUCAAGGGUUCAGAUGAUGAUGUCCAAGACGGUCUCGUGCAUAUAAGGAUACAACAGAGAAAUGGUCGUAAGACCUUAACAACGGUACAGGGGCUUUCUUCUGAAUAUGACUUGAGAAAAAUAGUUCGAGCAUGUAAAAAGGAGUUUGCCUGCAAUGGGACAGUAAUUGAACACCCAGAGUACGGGGAGGUGCUGCAGCUGCAGGGGGACCAGCGAGAAAAUAUAUGCCAGUGGUUAACAAAGUCAGGUCUGGCCAAACCUGACCAACUCAAAGUCCAUGGUUUUUAAUCGACAAACCACCCAUGCCACUAUAUAAGGCAAUUCCACAUUCAUCAAUAUAUAAUAAUACCUUAUCAUCUUAAAUUAUCUGUAUCAGUCACUAUCACACUUGUUGAUACUUCGUGGGAUACCUUAUUAUAUACACAUAUAUAUUUCAAUAAAAAAAAAAAAAAAAACAAAUAAAUAAUAAUA